AUGGCGGCACGUCUGGAGAGAUGGUCCUUGUUUCUAGGAGCUCAUGAUUACACGAUUGAGUUCAAAGGCACAAAGCUUCAUGGAAAUGCAGAUGGCCUUUCUCGCCUUCCCCUCGAGUCAGGUGGCACAACUGUGUUUUCAGAUCCAGCUGACCUUUUUCACAUGACGCAGAUGGACAAUUUACCUGUCACUUUUCUGGAGGUGAAGAGGGAAACGGGUCGUGACCCCACAAUGGUGAGAGUCUACGACUUGACGGUGAAGGGGUGGCCCCGGAAGGGUAAUGCCGACCUACCUGAGUACGCAAACCGACGUGAACAGUUGUCCGUAUGCCAAGGCUGUGUGAUGUGGGGCACCAGAGUUAUCAUACUACCAAAGCUUCGAAACAGAGUGCUAGAGUCUCUUCACGAUGGACAUCAAGGUGUGGUUAAAAUGAAAAGCCUGGCCAGAAGCCAUGUCUGGUGGCCUGGCAUUGACCACGAGAUUGAAGACAUCACAAAGUCAUGCUCGGGAUGCCUGCAAACUCAGCGUCAACCGCAGGUAGCUCCACCACACACCUGGGAGUGGCCUUCAACUGUGUGGCAGAGAGUUCACAUCGACUACGCAGGUCCCUUUCUGGACAGAAUGUUUCUAGUGGUCGUCGAUGCAUACUCUAAAUGGCCUGAAGUGUUCCCUGUGAAGAAUGCCACAUCAGCAGUGACGAUUGAAGCUCUUCGUACUCUGUUUGCUCGUGCUGGACUGCCACAGCAGCUAGUUAGUGACAACGGUAGCCAGUUUACUUCAGAGGAAUUUCAGAUGUUCAUGAAGGGAAAUGGAAUUAAGCACAUUACCACCGUGCCAUUUCACCCUGCAACAAAUGGACUUGCAGAGAGAUUCGUCCAGACCUUCAAACAAUCCAUGAAAGCCAUGGCGAACACCAAAUUGUCCAUAUCAGAGAAACUGGCCAACUUCCUGUUGUCGUACCGCAACACAGAACAUUCCACCACAGGUCAGACACCGUCUGUGCUGUUCAUGGGAAGAUCCUUAAGAUCCCGUCUGGACCUCCUAAAGCCAGACCUGCACCGGGACGUGUCAAAGAAACAAAGCAGUCUGAUGAAAAAGCAAUUUCCCUUGAGAACCUUCCAUGAGGGCCAGCCUGUGCUUGCCAGAGAUUAUCGUCAUGGGAAUCAGAAGUGGCAAACUGGUGAGAUAGUUUCCAAAACGGGCCCACUUACUUACACGGUGAGAGUACCACCUGGACUGAUCUGGCGCAGACAUGUGGAUCAGUUACUGGACGCUAGAACCCGUCACUCCACCAGUAAUGAUCAAUGCCGUGAUGCAGACUGUGCAGACAGUUCUGAGGACUUCACACCUGGUGACCCACCGGACGAACCCCUGGAAGAAACACCAGAUGAACCGAAUGCAGAGACUGCUCCAGCAACGGAUAGCCCAGCUGCUUCUUCUAGACCUGUUCCGGAUGUACCAGAAAGGCGAUAUCCUGAACGAGAGCGACAUCCUCCACAGAGAUUAGAGUCAUAG